AUGAAUAAGGAAAUCAUUAGUAAAGAGUUUAUCGAAGGAAACAAUAGUAAUACAUGUGAAACAACAGAGAAUAGAUCUGAACUUAUGAAUAACUAUUCAAACCUAAUUCGGCUAAAACUCAUCAAAGAUAUUCCCGCCGCCGAAGCCCUCAACACAUAUUCGUUGCAUAAAAAUUUCCUACAAAAUAUGGGACUCGAUUGGGAUUCAGACCAUCUCAUCAUUGAUUUGGUCUGA